GCCAGGGCGGCUGAGGCAGUGGCCGUGCUGUCCGCGCUCGCCGCGCUCCGGCCCCGGGGCAGCGCCGCGCCGGGAGGAUGCGAGUGGGCGCCGCGGGGCGAGGCGAGGGCGCGGGCGGCCGCGGCGUUGGGAGCUCCCGGCCCAUCCGCCGCCCCCCCGCCCCGAAAGAAGUGCAGUAGUUUGUGAAGCGCAAGAUGGCGGCGCGGCCGUGAGCGCAGGCGGCGGGCGGGCGGCGGCGCGGGCUGAGGGGGCGAGGCGGAGCGGCGCCGGCAGGUGGUGGAUGUGGACUUUAAAACAGUGUGUCUCAACAUCUCAUCCUGAACUAUCUGUUUUUAAUCUGAUUGCACUACGAAAGAAAAGCUGCUAAUGGGAUAAAUGUUGAGACUUUACAAGAACUGACUUGAAGUACCGAAAGCCAUUAUUAUUAUUAUUAUUACUAUUAUUAAUCGAGAAGAGCUUGAAGCUAAGUCUGUAUCUGACCAGUCGUUAUCAUUUUCACAGUAACAGCCAUGGCAAGUAAACGAAAAUCAACAACACCGUGCAUGGUCUUAGCCAAUGAGCAGGAUCCAGAUCUAGAAACGGUAUCAGACUUGGAGGAAGGACCACCYGUGCUCACGCCAGCAGAUAACCCUACAGCAGAGAGUGUAACAAGUGAUGAGGAUGCUCACGAGUAUGUGGAUUCAGACAAUCAGAAAAAUACAAAUAAAGUAGAAGGUGGUUAUGAGUGUAAAUACUGUACUUUUCAGACUCCAGAUCUCAAUAUGUUUACUUUCCAUGUGGAUUCAGAGCACCCUAAUGUAGUAUUAAAUUCAUCCUAUGUUUGUUUAGAAUGUAAUUUCCUUACCAAAAGAUAUGAUGCCCUCUCAGAACAUAAUUUGAAGCACCAUCCUGGAGAGGAGAAUUUUAAAUUGACCAUGGUGAAACGUAAUAACCAGACAAUCUUUGAACAAACAGUAAAUGAUCUCACUUUUGAUGGAAGUUUUGUUAGAGAAGAAAAUGCUGGACAGGCUGACUCUUCUGAGGCCCCCUCAUCAGGGAUCUCAAUUAGCAAAACUCCUAUCAUGAAAAUGAUGAAAAACAAAACGGAGACUAAACGUAUUGCUGUUUUCCACAAUGUAGUUGAUGACAUUCCUGGUGAAGAAAAGGGAACUGAAAAUGAGCCAAACUCUGAAGAAUUAGUAGAAAACCCCCCAGCAGCAGUUUCUGAGUCAAAACCAAGCCAUUCAGCUGUUUGCAGUGCAGCAGAUAUGGCUGGUGCAGUAGUGACCCCUGCACCAGUGCUUCAGCCUGGGGUGGCACAGGUUAUCACAGCUGUUACAGCUCCACAGAACUCAAAUCUGAUUCCAAAAGUACUAAUACCUGUAAAUAGCAUUCCAGCCUAUAAUACUGCUUUGGAUAACAAUCCUCUAUUGCUUAACACCUACAACAAAUUCCCRUAUCCAACCAUGUCGGAAAUCACUGUUCUUUCCACUCAAGCUAAGUACACUGAAGAACAGAUUAAAAUAUGGUUUUCUGCCCAGCGUCUGAAACAUGGUGUGAGCUGGACACCAGAGGAGGUGGAGGAAGCAAGGAGGAAACAAUUUAAUGGCACAGUGCAUACUGUGCCACAGACAAUUACUGUUAUUCCAGCACACAUUUCUGCUGCCAGCAAUGGUUUACCUUCCAUUUUGCAGACAUGCCAAAUAGUCGGUCAGCCAGGACUCGUUCUCACUCAAGUUGCAGGUACAAACACGUUACCAGUAACAGCCCCAAUAGCCUUGACUGUAGCGGGAGUCCCAAACCAAACACAGUUACAGAAGAGUCAGAUUCACAGUGCUCAGCCCAUUGCAGAAACCAAACAAGUAGCUGCCAUUCCAGCCCCUCAGUCUAUCAAAAAUGAAUCCACACUGAUGAAUCCUGACUCUUUUGGGAUCCGAGCAAAAAAAACUAAGGAACAGCUGGCAGAAUUGAAAGUCAGCUACCUUAAAAAUCAGUUUCCUCAAGACUCAGAAAUAGUUAGACUUAUGAAAAUAACAGGCCUUACUAAAGGAGAGAUCAAAAAGUGGUUCAGUGAUACACGCUACAAUCAGAGAAACUCAAAGAAUAAUCAUGGGAUUCAUCUCAACAGUGAUUCCUGUGCCACCAUUGUUAUUGAUUCAAGUGAUGAAAUGAAUGACUCUCCAACAGGAGUCACUCCACAGAGCAAGUCAUCUUGGAGUACUUUUCCUGACUUCACCCCACAGAAAUUCAAAGAGAAGACUGCUGAACAGCUGCAAGUCCUCCAAGCAAGUUUUCUUAAUAACCCUGUCCUUACUGAAGAAGAGAUGAAUAGGUUAAGAGCCCAAACAAAACUGACCAGGAGAGAGAUUGAUGCCUGGUUUACAGAAAAAAGUAAAUCAAAUGUAUUGAAGGAAGAGGGAGCUGACAUGAGUGAAACCAAUGCUGGCAGCUCAAAAGAGGAGUCUGGAGAGACUUCUGUGGGAGAUGGAACAGCAGGAACAAAAUCAGGGUGUUCCACUUCAAGCAAAAUAAGCAAAAAAUCACCAGAGCAGUUGCACAUGCUCAAAAGUUCCUUUGUCCGUACUCAGUGGCCAUCUCCACAAGAAUACAACAAGCUGGCAGAAGAAACUGGGCUUCCAAGAUCAGAAAUUGUGAGCUGGUUUGGAGACACUCGUUAUGCCUGGAAAAAUGGUGGAUUGAAAUGGUAUUACUAUUACCAGAGCGCCAGUGCAAACAGCCUGAAUGGACAAGGCUUUGGAAGGAAGAGAGGGAGAGGAAGACCAAAAGGGAGGGGGAGAGGGAGGCCUCGGGGGAGGCCUCGGGGAAGUAAGAGGUUAAAUUGCUGGGACAGAGGUGUGUCUGUCAUAAAAUUUAAAACUGGAACAGCAAUCCUGAAGGACUAUUAUAUGAAGCACAAAUUCCUUAAUGAGCAAGACCUUGAUGAACUGGUAGCCAAAUCUCACAUGGGAUAUGAGCAGGUCAGAGAAUGGUUUGCAGAAAGGCAAAGAAGAUUAGAACUUGGAAUAGAGCUGUUUGAUGAGAACGAGGAGGAAGAUGAAAUGCUGGAUGAUCAUGAGGACGAGGAAGAAACGGAUGAUAGUGAUACUUGGGAACCCCCCAGACAUGUUAAACGUAAACUUUCAAAAACAGACUGAUGUACAAUUUGGAAUUUGGGGGCCAAAAAUGUAUGAAUUAAGUUUGAUGUUAUGGUGAAGAGCCAAAUGAUUUUUCAUGGCCUUCAGUUUAGCAAGCAGCUGCUUAGCAUCUUUCUUCCACCCAAGAAUAUAUGGGCAAGAUGCUACCUGUGCAGGCAAGAACUGUUUGCUUCGUUGCUACAAGAGAUGAACAUCCUCAGGCCAGGCCUGGGACAGGGGGUUACAAAUCAGAACAAGUUCAGCUCCUCCUUUUCCACAUUACUGAUGGGAAGGUUCAUGUUCAUCAUACAUGUGACUGCUUCUCAAUAUUUAAUUGCCUUAUGUUGUUUAAUUCCAAAAAAACACAGACACUUUUUUUGUUGUUGAUGYAGGAGAACAUUGCCUGCUCAUGAAGGAGGAAAACACAAAAACCUUAGAUGUCUUUUUGCAAACAUCAYUUCAUCUGAAAGAUUUCAAGGCCUGGGUUUAUUUCAUGCGGAAAGAGUUGAAAAAAAAGAGAAGGGGAAAAGUGUGAAAAAGGAAUCAAUGAACCUAGGGGUGAGGAUUGAUUGGGUUAAGAAAAUAAGGYGAUAUCUGCGCCUUUUGCAUAUCUUCAGAGUGUUUUGGGUUUACAGAACUUGGACUGAAAUGUUCCUUGUUGAUAAUUAUGAGCUAACUGAAUGAGUCUGAUGCUAGAAGAUGCUUUUUGUUGCAGUUAUUCAGUGUAUCCUACAUCAGUCUAAUUUAAAUGCCUGACAGACUUGAUGCAGUUAAUAGUAACACUCACUUCUACCUUGUGCAUUCUUCCCUUUGUUGGAAAUGGAAAAAUAAGUAUAUUUCUAGCAAAAAAGAGUAAUUUCUUGAAAUCUGACACUGAGUUUUAAGGUUAAUAUAAGGCAGAAACUGCCUAAAAGUUGUUCAGAGUUGCUUAGGGGUUUGUAAGAAUACACAGAUGCAGAGAUGAAAAGCAUCUUUUGGUACUAGUAAGAAAGGCUUUCAAAUAAGUUGUGGUAAUGACAUGGUGUUUAAUUCACAAACAAAAUGACAUUAUAUGGCUUUUAGAUGCUUAGGAAUUAUAAAAACAUUAGUGUUGAAUUGUUCUUCAGUGAUAGCCCAGUUGAGGGCUGAUUGCUCUUAGGACUGCUGGAUGAAUGCACUUAUUUCUAGAGGUGGCUUGAUCUACCUGAGUUGAACUCCAGAAGUAGUUCAAACUGAUAUAAAACAUCCAYAUCUUAAAUAAAUGUCUAUAAAAUAGAGGAAAAAAAAAGCUAUUUGGUCUCAAGACAGUGAAGUCAUAGUGCAGUUUGAAUUAGAAACUUAAAAACAAUGGGCCAAAUUCACACAAGUUAGUUUGAGCAGAUGUUUGGCAUCCUAGAGAACUGAUACUCUGAGGAAGAGCAGUUUGUAUUCUUGCUACUGCCAGCCUGCAUUUUUAGGGAUAAGUUACUUUAUAUUUAGAUGUCAAAAGAUGAUGAUGAAUUGGUGCUGCUGUCACCAGCAUUGUCUGCUUUUACAUUGGCACUAAUGGAAUGGAUACUAGCAAUCUCCUUUUGCACAUCUGUCAGCGUCUUUGUAGGCUUCUGCAUCUGAUGACUAAUGAGGACAGAUUAGUGCAGAGAAAAUGGGGUCCUAAUGUCUCCUCAUCUCCAAGAACCUAUUCUAGAAUUAUUCUGUCUUUUGGACUGUGAUAACUGUAAAAAAAAAAAACCAUAAAAGCUCUUUUAGUCAUGAUUUUCUGAAGCAGASGAGUCCACGAUAGAUCUGGUUUUCAUACUUGAUUGUGGAUGAAGCCAAGGUAUGAAAGCCAAAGAAAGAUAGGGAAUAGUGUCUGACAAAAWAAUAUUGUUAACCUCCCAAACCUUCCUUUCUGAACUCUUGCAGCUGCCCUUCUUCUCACAGAUUGAACAGGCUCCCUGAGCUGCAGAAGGAUGUUCUGUUAUGAAACUGGGGUGACUUCUUCUGACUGUUUAAAAUUAUUGGAGACAAAAAGGCAAUAGCUUAUGGUAUAUGUUGUGAAUUUGAUGAUGAAACUAUUCCCUGGCUUCCAAGACUCAAACUGGUGUGGCACAAAGUGGCCAGCUUUGCUAGAGAGGACUAGCCAAGAAUCCCUCAAUUUAACUUUGGAGUGGGGCAGAAGCAAAUUCAUUCAUGUUUUGUGGGAGUGUUUAUGACUCUGGAUGUGAGGUGGUAUAUGAGAGAUCAAGAUCUGGCCUUUCAGCAUUGACUGCUGCAUGGGAUUGGGAGGGAUUCUCAUUUGCCUGGUAAUGGUCUGGUAAUGAGCAGAUACAAGAAAAAUUUACACUAGCUUCAAGCUCUGUUGGGAAUACAGGGUCAAAAAUCUGUGCCUGCUGACUAGGAAAGGGCAAAGCUAGAAGGAAAAGAAAUGUUACUUUUAAGUUUCCAAAAAUACUAAAACAAAUCCUUGGGAAUAUGCCUCUAGCAAGCAAAAUGUGGAGUUGCCUUAAUCCUUGAAGUUGACCCAGAAUUAAUUUUCCUUUUUAAAAAAAAAMCAAAACCCAAAACAACCAAGCAGCCUGUCCAAAUAAAUAUCUCCAUUUUUGUUAGUAGAGACUUAUUUAGGUUAGCUAGGAAUCCUAUCUUCUUUAAAAAAUGGGAAAAAAUAAAGAUCAAAGUUAAUUACAUUAUUAAACUGGGAUAUUUUCCCACUUUGGCAGUGUUCUAUUAAAUAACACUCAGCUACAAUGGUAGGCCUUAGCACAUCUGGUCUGAAAAACACAGGAAGAGGAAAUACAUUGUUUAUCAGACUAAAUAUAGUUGGAUUGGAGGUCUUUUUUUCAGUAGAAUCAUCAGAGACAGUGGCUGAUGCAUACUGGGCCACAUUUUCAGUUGUUGUAAAUACUAGAGUCUACACAUUUCCUUUGGGCUACAUGCRCAUUUUAAGCCUGUCAGUUGUGCCAAGGAGGAGGGAAAUCUGGGUGGAUUCAGUCUGAAGACAGAGGUUGUAUGCAUUCAUUAUUGCCCAUAGUCUGACUGUUAUUUCUGUUUGAAYAGAGUGCAUUAAUUCCCCAUUUUGUGUUUACAUCGUGUGUAUAUUUGCACUGCAUACUGGGAGAGAGGCAGACUCCUUCCAGAGGCCUCCCACAUCAGGACAGAGCUGUCAGCAUGUAGUCAGUUGUGUCUCUGAACUGUGGUCAUGCCUGGUGGGAACUCAAAGCUACACUAACAGUGGUUUAGUCCAGGUUCAUCUGAGCCACCCUUUGGCUGCUGUACAGUCACSUGAGAGAAACAGAAAUCGCCUGAUGGGUGGAAGGGAUAUGGCACCUCAUUCUACCAGUCACAUACAGCAGCUCCCUGAACUUCAGCACAUCAGCAAGAGUCUUAAUUUGUUAUGAUUCCAAAUGUCUCUGUGCUCGUCAGCAGUGCACCCCUGCAAGCCUGGCUCCCUCUUGGAGCUUAUGCACACYUGCAGGAUGUUUUGGAAGCCAUUUGGACUGAGUUAUAUUGGCAAUGGGAAAGGAAGGGGCAAGAAAAUACAUCUACCCAGGGGUGAGAGUCCAUGUGAUUUUUUAUUGACUUUCCUGCAUGGUAAGGACUGUGUCUAGAUGAACCUGUGGUAUGUUUUCUGUAUUUCUAUGGAUCUUUACCACCUAGGUUUGAGAUCACURUGCGCCAGACUUCAGUGAUGGUCAUUGAUGUUGAGAGGAAGGARCUUUGAUCUUGCUUAGAUCUUACCUCUGGGUGGCUGGUUUCUCAKUCUUCAUUGGGACUACAUGAAAAUUCAGUUGUGAGCAUCAGUUCCCUUAGAGCUAAGCUAGUGCAUUCCUCUUCAUCUGCUGUUUCUGCCAGGAGUACCUGCUCCGAUGGUGCCAGCUGUCUCUGGUAUUCAACUAAAMAGAGAAUACAGAUAAUCCUGUGCCAGAAUGGUGAGAGAAAAGAGCUAAAAGAAAGAAAGCAGUGUUACAACCAGGGAAGAUAYCCACCAUCCCAGUAUCUCCUGCUGCAUGGCAUGUUUCGCCCUCGCUUCAGAGUGCAGUGAAAGAGCACAGUUCCAUCUUAAACAGUGCUGUCUUCCCAGCAUCGGCCUCUCAAUGACCCCAAAGUUAGUGUUGCAAAAAAAAAAAAAAAGUCAGACCUAUUUCCCCCUGGAGGUUUGAAUGAGCAAACAGUGCUGGCUUGUAAGAAGAGAAAGAAGGGAAAAUGUAGAAGCUUGAACAAGGCUCUGACUUUUGCCUGCCCUGCAGAAUUUACUUUCCUAGAAGUUGAUAAGCAAAACAAUUUUAACUCUUUCUGUUGUGACAGAGGAGUAAAUUACUACAAUCUAUUUUUUAGCACAUAGAAAUCUCUGUUUCAUUUGAAAGCAAAGGACAGGAGAUACCUAGUACCUCAUUAUUAGAAUUUAGUGUAUUAUCUCUAAUACACURUAGUAAAUGAGGCCUCGACCUUUCUUAACUUUGUCCGGUACAAUGUUGMAAAUUGCUUUUUCAUUAUGUUAUAUAUGUGUCUGACUGUAACUUUGAUUAUUGGGAAAGAAACUUACUCAGUGUGCACACAUGACAUGAAAUAAUUUUCUAGUYGAUGAUUUGCUCACCUUGGACAAAAACAGGUUUUCUUUUGCUCUCCAAGAAA